UCAUGUGGUCACAGAGAGCCAUCCCUCAUCAAACUUUGUUCUGAGAAGAGAAGACAGCUACUGGAAGAGGAAGACCUAGGACUCCCUGUCACCUGCCACACCCUAAGGAAGGUGUACACUUUCUUGCAGAACAUUGUGCUUCAGGGGAGUGAGCUGUUACUGCAUGCGUCUGUCAUCUGUAUCAAAGCAAUGAUCAACAUGACGGCUGACAAAAACCCCACAGCAAAUCAGCAUCUAUUGAGUCAGCCAUGGAAUCAACUGCUUAUCAACUGUGUAGUGGAACUAUACCAGGAGUCCAGUACUAUUAACCAAGCCAUUCCAGAACUCAUCACUCUUUUCAUGAUGCAAGGUAACAUACAGGGCUAUGUAAAGCAGCACCAUGUGGACAGCUUACUGCUAUCUAUCUUCAAGACAGAACCAGCUCAGCACGACAGACAGCAAGCAUCCUCUAUUCAACAUCUAUUAAACGCAGUGCGGUCCAGACCAGAAAUUGUGAUGAGCAAAAGACAGAGUGAUCAGCUAGCAUCAUGGAUGGAUAAGCUAAAGACUCACUUACUGCAACUACCCAAGGAUCAUCCUACAUUUCAUCUGCUGUACCCUUAAAAGUGUAGACCAGAUGAAGGCCUACUUGUAAUCUCUGGAUUUUUAGUUUC